AUGCUGGGCGAGCAAGUUGUAAUCCACGAACAAGAAAAGCGCUAUCUCGAGGCCCGAAUACACGAUGGUUCACAGCAACAGGAUAAAGAGAACAAGUCAACCAAGGCAUCUUCCGAAGGACAAUUAGGUGCGGCUCGUCAAGAGGAGGAGCAAAAGCGGUAUGAGCAAAAGAUUAGCGCUCUUAAAGACCAGAUGAGCGAAGAACACUGGAAGUGGGACGCGCACUUGCGAGAAGUGAAAGACACCUACGAAACUCGCAUAAAAGAUCUAGAGGUUAGCUUUGCCGAGCGGAUGAAGAACGAAUACGAGCAACAUUGCGAACAAACGCGGCAAGAGAUGGGGAAACAUCAAGUGACAGUGAAUGAGUAUCAGUCAAAUGUCGCUCGAUUGAAGCUCAAUGCGGAACAAGAAGGACGGCUGUUGCACGAAGAUUUACAAACUCAGCGAGAGAAACUUCGAGAAGAACAAAAGCGACAUGAGAAGAACCUCAAACGACAGGAAGCCGGACUGACCAAGAAGCACACGCAAGAGAUCUUGCAGCUUCAGACCACCCUGGUGGAGCAGAGACAAGAACUUUCUCAUCUCAGACAUGUCAAGGCCAACGCUGACGAAGAAAGACUGCGCAUGCGCGAUGAAGUACGGGCGAAAACCACUCAGUUCAGCGAGGAACAACAACGACUUCGAGAAUUGCUCGAGAAACAAAACGCUGAGCUGGUAGAGAAACAUGCCCUCGAAAUUACGCAGCUUCGAUUAGCAAACGAGGAGUUAAAGCAGGCAUUCAUCGACAAGGCCUACCCACAGCGCACGAAAGCUCGAAGUGUUAAGGUGAUGCGAUACCGUGACAUCUCUACUCAAUUCUUUUCAGUAGUGAGUCAGGUACAAGACUUCACGAAUCUAGAAUGGGACAUGCGCCGUGAAGUGGAAUGGCCAUUCUCCAACGACCAACUGUUACGCAUCCACAAAGUCAAUACAAGGGUGUUAAAGAAGGCUAUCCUGCAGAAUACUAUUAUACCUGCGGCAACUGAAGCCCGUCGCUACGAGGCGGCCAGGGCGGUUCUCGAUCUAAUGAACCCAUCAAGUGAAACCACACCUGAUGAGAAAAAGCUGAAAGCCAGCUAUGAAGCUACCGUCACCUCGCUUCUGAGUGCAAUACACCAGGUACUAUCUAAGAUAGCUGUUCUCGAACCGAAGGACGCCGAGGCGUUAGAGACUCUUAUACGCCUUUGCGCAAAGACAUGGAUGGAACUCUGCUCGCAACCAUACAGAGUAAUGAUGAUCCUACCACCAGGAAGCGGCGACCUGCUGUCGUCGCCACAUCCCGAUGAAAGGCCGCUCAAACUGGUCGUGAGCCCGGAACUAAAGAGGUAUGGAAACAUGCAGGGCGAAGACUUGAUGAAGGGUGAGGUUUUCACGAGGUGUCAGGCUGUUGUGCAGCAGUACCCGGUCGAGCCAACAGGUUCUUGA